AGUCUAGCUCAGAAAUGGCAAUGUAAGAUGAUUUUGGAGCUGCUUUGCUUACUUGUGAUUGGCUGUGGUGAGACCAGAAGACUCGCUGUUCACCCAAGAGACAAUAAUACCAAGAAACCACUAGAGAUACAACUAAAUCGUACAGCAUCACAUGGGAGGCAAAAAAGGUCUAUGAACCCUGAUCAUGGAUAUGAUUGGGGGAAUAAGAUUAACAUUACACAGUCUAUCCUUGAUGGCGAUAUGCAUGGGACCGCCUAUGUUGAAUGGGGUGGAACAAAUAAGAAUAGUGAUGUGAUAAUAAUCCUUACAAAAGAUACAUCGCUAGUACCCAGCGACAGUACACUUUACAUCAGCACAGACUAUGGUAAAACGUUCAAUACUAAAGUGAUCACGAUUGGUGGAAAAGCAGCCAUCUUGAAUUACAUCUAUCAAAGCCCUACAAAUCAUCAGCAGUUUAUGUUGAAUGACCUGACGAACAAAGCAGUGAUAGUGUCAAAGGAUGAGGGUGUUACCUGGCAAGUGUCCACGGUAGACUUUACCCCCUCUAUCAUCGACCAUCAUCCUAGCAUUGAAAACCUGCUCCUUGCUCACGAUACUUCUCAGCAAAAGUUGUACCUUUCUCAAGACUUUGGUCAAACCUUCACACCGCUUCUCACUGAUUUGAAUAUCGUGGACUUCUACUGGGGCACAAGUCCAGAUUAUGACGGGGAACACACGAUGUUUGCAGUUGCUCAGAACGAAGAUCGAACACAAGCAAUAUACACAAGUGAAGAUUUCUUCAAAAGCCCUAAAACCAUAAUCGAUGUUGCAGCUAACCAGUUUGCUGUUGUCGAUGAAUUUUACUUCUACGUCAAAAAGUCUACCCACUUGAACCACGGGGACAAUGACAUGGAUUUGUUCAUUUCCUUCGACCGAGGUCAACCUGUCAAAGCGAAGUUUCCAGAAUUUGUGGCUGAAAACCCAACCACCGAGUUCUACAUAGCAGACGCAGGAGAGGGACAAGCGUUUGUAGCGGUGUCACACCGUGACAACAUGACCAACCUCUACGUGUCGGAACACAAGGCUGGUAACAUGGUGUUGUCACUGGAGAGGAUACUAUUCACCAACAAGGCUAGCUACGAUACCAUAAGCUGGAUGGAUGGAAUUGAGCCGUUUGCUGAUUUCCAAGCAGUAGAAGGGCUACCAGGAGUAUUCUUAGCCUCGCAGCUGGAUAUUGGCACUGUGGGCCACAGGCGGAUACACACAGUAAUGACGUAUAAUAAGGGUGGCACCUGGCAGUAUGUUCAACCCCCUAAAUAUGAUCAGAAUGGCUAUCCUACUGAGUGUUUCUUGCCUGACUGUGCUCUACAUAUCUCCCUGAUGUUUGGUGUGAACUAUCCCAACGCUAAGCACACUCCUCUCAUGUCCCGAGCUAAUGCUCCGGGUAUCAUCAUAGCUUCAGGUAAUUUGGGAUCGUCUCACUCUACCUAUAACGAUGUGUUCAUGUCAAAUGAUGGUGGAGUUGAGUGGGACCAGGUACUGGACGGACAGUACCACUUCCAGAUCCUCGACCACGGUGGAGUGAUAGUGGCAGCUAGGAAGGGGGAACCCACCAUGUCGCUCACGUACUCUCACAACGAAGGAGUCACGUGGUCCAACAAGACCAUCUCCCAACAACUUGUUACCAUAUAUGGCCUGAUCACGGAACCAGGGGAGAUCACCUCGGUGAUCAACAUUUACGCUAUAGGGCCUGGGGGAAUGGAAUGGAUCAUAUUCACUAUAGACUUUAAGGAUUUCCUAGGUCCCAAAUGUAUGAGUGAAGACUUUACCACUUGGUCAAUUCGGGACGAACUGAAAAGUACGGAAUGUGUUUUGGGUAAAGAUACCAAGUAUGAGAGGAAGAAACCUACCUCUCACUGUUACAUUGGCUCGGAUUACGUGAGGUUUACUGAGGAUAAACCUUGUCCCUGUCAAGCUAGCGAUUUCGAGUGCGAUUUCCUGUACUACAGAGAGAACGCAGGUGACCCAUGUGUCAUGAUGGAUGGCGUCCAGGAGGAUUGGUUCAUACCGGGUGAUUGUGACCCUGGUACCUUCUACAAUAGAAGUAUGGGGUACAUUAAGAUUGAGGGAGAUAUGUGUACUGGUGGGGAGGAGGCGAUAUUCUCUUACAAGAAGACAAAGUGUCCUGACUCUAAUUUGACAGUUAUCAUAGCCGUCUCCCCGGCUAAAGCUGUAAAGAAAGGAACUGCAGUUACAUUCACCGCUGUUUCGGACGACUUUAUGGAGGACGUUUACUUCCUCUGGUACAUAAGCGAUAACACUUCUUUCUCCGGCAUUGGAACAAGCGGGCAGACAUUCACCAACACUUUCCUAAAGUCCGGUGUGUUUGUAAUAACAUUAACAGCUAACAAUGGCGCUGGACCUGUAGUAGCCAUGGAAACUAUUCAAGUGGACGAUCCUAUUACUAGUCUGCAAUUGCAGUACGAACCGGUGGAUCCUGCCAUUGGGGAGGGCAUGAUAUUUAUUGUAACUACUGACGAUGACUCCAAGGGAAUUGACAUAAGCAGACUGAACUACCACUGGAGUACCGGGACAGACUCUUACCUUCCCAUCCUCCUCACAACCUUCAAUGAUCCGGGCCGGCAGAGCGUUACUGUAACCGUUUCCAAUUCUAUCAGCUCCAAAAACUUUACUGUCAAUUUCGUGGUUAACGAUUUGACGGUGAGCAAUAUACAAGCGAUACCAGUCAGUCAUUCCAGUAUACAAGUGUUGUGGGACCCGCCAGUACUCCGACCUGGCCUCGUCUCCGCUUACACACUCAAAUACAGAGGGGUCAAUGAUGACCAGUGGCACAGGGUAUCAGUUGGAGGUUACAACGUAACCCAGACCAACUACCAAGUAAACGGUCUGGAGGAUGGGGCUCAAUACCAGUUUCUAGUGGUUACUACCAGUGCUGGCGGAGCUUCCAGCGAGGAGAGUAGAGUCCAGUCUGCCACUACCUUGCCUCUCAAUAGCCUGAAUCCAGCGACCCAAGUGAGCGCCAUUCCCUCCGGAAACAAAGCAACUAUUACCUGGACCUCCCCCGGGGGAACUGUUAAGAACUUUGUAGUGCAGUAUUGGAUGAGUGAUAGGUUUAAUGAGAUGAAGAUCAGUGCAACUGGUGACCCUUCAGUUACCACAGUUUCUCUAAAAAGUCUUGUGCCAGGAGCUCCCUACACCGUCAGGGUCUUGACACAAUAUCCCAACAAAGUUGAGUCCUACUCGGAGCCGGUUAACUUCCAAGUGGAGGGGCGGGAUAUGGAGGAACUAAAGGAGGUCCGAGGCUACUCUGUUAAUAGCACAUCUGUUGUUAUCGUGUGGGACAGACCUGCCAUUCCAGUCGAUGGCUACAACGUGUAUAAUGCGACCAGUAACACCCUGGUUACGACAGUUACAGAGGACCAGGUUAAGAUAGGGGGUCUUCAACCCUACACAGCAUACUCCUUCCAGGUGCAGCCUUACUCCAAGGGAAAUAGAGGCAAGAAGAGUGACCCGCUGGGCAUCACUACUGACGUUGGAGUACCAGGAGCAGUGAAGCAGCUAGAAUGUUUCCAGAAGAGUGGUCUGGCAGUGCUGACAUGGCACAAGCCUGACAGUCCCAACGGUCCCAUCUCUAAAUAUUUGAUAUACUAUGACGACGACGAUCUGUCUGGAUUAGGAAUACCAAGCUACGUUAACUCAGAUCAAGUCUCACUGACGCUGCCCCAGCUGCCCAAGUUCAAGGCGUACAAGUUCUCAGUUGCAGUACAAGGACCCAAGUACAUCUCCACACAAUCCUACACUGCUUGUACCGUCGAAUCUAUGUCAGGUGCACCAGGCCCUGUAACAGGGUUGUAUGUGAAAGAGCGUCACAUUGCCUCUCUCGACAUCAUGUGGAGGCCCCCUAUUGACACUAACUCCGCCAUCCAAUAUGAAGUCAGGUACGGAAAGUACGACGGAGAAGUAAGGAUCGGAACAGAACACGUGCUGACAACAGACACAACGGCCAUCACAAUAGGAGACAAUGUGUCUCCAUCCACCCUCUACGGUAUCACUGUUACCGGUAAAAACAACAAGGGUCUCGGGACUCCGUCCCAGCCUAUCUUUGCUGUCACCCUCACCCCCCCUAUUGGCAGUAUUGAAUACGAGUUUAAGUUCCGGGCAGCAGAUGUUGACAAAGUUAAAUUUGAGAAUUUCGCCAACGGUCUAAAAGAGGAAAUUGUUCAAGUCACCAAAAUCUCAAGAGACAGACUAUCAGGUGUGGGUAUAACACACUCAGAUGCCUCCGACACUAAAGUAUCAGUCUGGAUCUCCCCACGUGACACCCCUGAUGACAGCGUACAGCCGUCAAGUGAGGCUGUUGUUGCAGCACUGGAUGGUAAGGUUAAGAAAAUGGAGUUUGUGGUGGGUGUUAGCAAGGCUCUCAGUGGAGGAGUUGACCAUGUAGCAGCAGCAACAGGCUCUCACCACGACGUAGCGGAGAUAGUAAUCCCCGGUAUCUGCGGUCUCCUCAUAGUAGUCCUAGUAGCUGGUCUCCUCUACUACCGUAACAGAUAUCAGCAGCUCCUCCGGAGGUACUCCUUCCGGAGCAGGUACGCUAAUGAUGACAAUGAUGACGUUAACAUGAUAGAAUGUGCCGACGAGCAGGAGGGUAUCUCAAGUAGUGAUCUGGGUAGAGGUGCCCUCGCUAUUUCCAGCGAGGACUCUGUACAGAGACCCAGGGGGAUCAAGAACUUCUUUGAGAGGUUUAAUUACACACAAAAUGAUCAAAACGACCCCAAUGAGCUGAUAGAUGAUGAUGAAGAACAUCUCCUACCCUUGUAAAACCCUACCCUCCCUUCCUUUCCAGCUUAAAACUCUGGCAGUUAUCAGUCAACGAAUAUGCUCCAUUUUUGUUGAAACUCCAGCGUGUGAAAUUGGUUUUCCUAUUCAGAAUAUAAUAGUGAAAUUUUGUCGUUUGCCCAGGACAUGAAUAUUCUUUUGGGCUAUUGAUUUUUUUUUCAGAAUAAGUGUUAACGUAGUCGAACUAUUAUAUAUAUGAGCUAUUAUUUCUUUUGUUCGAAAUCUUGGCUGGUCCAUCUGAAGUUUGUUCUAGUCCAAGUUCAAUGUUAAUCUUUCUGACUGUUCAAGUUGUUUUGGUAAGUCAAAGAUUGGCAGUGAAACAUCGGAACUUGAAGCAUCUAUCAGUAUUGUAUCUUGUUUUGAACAAAUCAAAGAGCCGACAUUUUGAAUUCGAAAUUUGCUGGCUAUUUUUUCUUGUUUUGUAAGAAAGUUCUUGUUAUUUGUGCAAUAUAUUUCCCUGUUCAACACUCUUUUUGCUGCGUAUCUCAUCUUAAAUUGGUUAAAGGUUUUAAGAUAUUUUUAAUUUCUUUGAUUUCUUCCAAUUAAAUUAUGUUUUUUUUUGCCUGAUUUGUAAAGUAAAAAUAUUUUCAGUAUUACUUCGCUGAGUAAAUCUGUUCGUUUAGAUGGUAAGAGAUGAAUCAUGUAUAAAUCAAAUUUUAUUGUUGUAUCUGGUCGUCAUGUUACAAGUUGGAACCGAAAUUUGCGCCAAAACCUAUGGCAUGACAAAAUCAGCAAUCGUGGAUCGAUCGAAUGAGUCAGGUUAUCUUUUUAAGUGGAGAAAUGUGUGACAUUUGAUUUUCAGUCAAAUCGUUAGAUUUAGAAUACAUUGCCGAUUUUAGUUAAAUGUUAUCCACUCGCUAUUUUAGUUGAUUAAUUGAUUAUUAUCGCAAAUUGAAAUAUUGUAAGUGAUGAUAGAGGAGUGGCAUACUUGUUCUUACAAAAUAUAUUUUAAGUUUGCCGUUUGCUUCAGAGCAAGUUUACUACACUUGCGACCUUAUACCUUGGCAAAUCUAGGGGUAUACCGGUGAAACUGAGAAUAUGAUCGCAAAUAUAGCUACAUUAGUGAAGCUUACUAUUCGGUUGUAUCACGUCGUGACCCCCAUUGUCGUUUCACUAAGUGUCACUAGUAUCGUGGCCACGAUACAGCCGUGCACUCGUGUGCGGCAGGUCUACAACGUAUGACAACAGUAUUCCAUAUUCGGUACGUUACGCGAACAAUGUCCAAAAUCAAGCAGGUUGUCAAGUUGUGUAACUAAGAAUUUCAAUUGUGAUUAUGAAUUAUGAUCAUAUUUCAUUUUUGUAAAUUUCAA